CAGAGUGGGUGGCCCUGGUUUGUGGGCCCCAGGGAAGCGCUACCUUAUCAGCUCCCUGCUGGAACCCCCGGAUACGUUGCUUAUUUGCAGUUCUAGAUCUUCCGCUCCCAGAAGGAAGGAUCUGGAUUUGCUUCAGGUACAUUUCUUACCAGCUAAGCAACGCAAUGGAAAACAGAGCGAAAGCAGAUAAAAAGGAUGUUCAAUAUGGGCCACGAAAAGAAGUGAAAUUUCCUGUCAGUGAAAUGCUUCUAGACUAUCACUGUCAAAUAAAGGAAAAUACAGUAGAACAAUUCAUGGUUCAAAUAAAGAGACUCAGGGAAAAGAACCAAAAGUAUCAUGAAAGAAACAGACACUUAAAGAAUGAACAGACUUGGCACAUACGGGACCUCCUGAAAGAACUGAGUGAAGACAAGUUAGAAGGAUUAAAAGUUAUAACAAGAGAGGAUGUUGAAACAGCAAUGAAGGAAAAGUGGAAGUUUGAAAGAGACCAGGAACAAAACUUGAAAGAUAUGCGACUGCAAAUAAGUAACGCUGAGAAACUAUUUCUUGAGAAACUCAAUGAGAAGGAAUAUUGGGAAGAGUACAAGAAGUCAGGGAGUGAAAACCAUGCUAAACUCAUUAUCUCCUUACAAAAUGACAUCAAUAAAGUUAAAGAGAAUGCAGAGAAAAUGUCAGAACAAUAUAAGAUCACUCUGGAAGAUGCUAGAAAGAGAAUAAUCAGAGAAACUUUGUUGCAACUGGACCAAAAGAAGGAAUGGGCCACACAGAAUGCUCUAAGAUUCAUUGAGAAGGGCAACUAUCACGAGAUCUGGGAGAAUGACUGGCUAAAAAGAGAGAUUGCAAAUCAAAGGAAGGAAGUUGAAAUAUUGGAAAAAGCCGUUCAUGAAUUGGAAGAAGAAAAUUUGGUGCUCAUUGAUCAACUAUUCAACUGUAAACUUGUGGAUCUCAACAUACCCAGGAGACUCUAUCUUACCCAAGCUGCUGGACUGGACAUGCCACCUGAAGAAACACCUUUGGAGAUGCCAGAAACAUAUAUAGAAGAGUCAAAACCGUAUCCCUUGGAAGUAAAAAGUAGAGACACGAUGAGCUCAUCAGUCGAGACCAGUGCUUUACAUCUUAGUCAUGAGGAAGGGACCAGCCCGGACCAGUGUCUGACGACAGACACAGAGGAGAGCUCCAGUACAGAGUUUGGGGCCUCUGAUGUGAAGCACUUACUCUACGAGGAUGAGAGGGAUUUCAAGGAUUAUGUAAACUUGGGCCCCCUGGAAGUGAAGCUGAUGCGUGUGGAGAGCAGGAAAAUGCCCAUUCAUUUUCAAGAGAUGGAAACUUCAGUCAAAUUCCAUGACGAUGUCAGGAGCCCAGAAAGCCACAUCACGUAUAAAAUGAUGAAGUCUUUUCUUUAG